GAAGCUUCUCCGAACCACGGUCGCGCGCUGCGUCUGUGACGUAAGUGACUUCCUGACUUGACUAGACCGAUAGUCACUAACAAACUGCCGGGGCUUUUUCACAUGCAGAGGACUUGCUGAUGUUUUCUGUGUAGAGUUAGUCCGUGCCUGACGCUGUCUGUGGGCUAGCACAAUCCCGGCUUCUCGACGCGACCACAUCCUCGUUCCCCAGACCCCGCAAUCGCGAACGCAAGGCUGCCAGACACGACCACCCCAAGUGCAGAGUCGCCCUCACCAUGUCGGCCAUGAUUGACAAUGAGGAUCUGGAGGAGCUGUCCAUCUCCAUGCCGGCCCCGCGGCGGGGAGGCGCCAGCACCACAAAGACGGUCGACUUUGUUGCUGAGACCAUCGCGCCCUUGACCGCGGAGAACAAGGGCCGGGACUCGAAAGCAAGUCAGCGACUGGGACAGUAUACCAUUGUGAAGACGCUGGGCGAGGGCUCGUUUGGUAAGGUCAAGCUGGCGACGCACCAGGUCAGCGGGCAGAAGGUCGCCCUCAAGAUCAUUAAUCGAAAGAGGCUGGUCACGAGAGACAUGGCGGGAAGAAUAGAGCGCGAGAUCCAGUAUCUGCAGCUGCUGCGGCAUCCACAUAUUAUCAAGUUAUACACGGUAAUAACGACACAGACCGAGAUUAUCAUGGUCCUUGAAUAUGCUGGGGGAGAGCUCUUCGACUACAUUGUCAACAACGGGAGGCUGCAGGAGGACAAGGCGCGCAAGUUCUUCCAGCAGAUUGUUUGCGCCGUCGAGUACUGCCACAGACACAAGAUUGUGCAUCGGGAUCUAAAGCCUGAGAACCUUCUCCUGGACGAUCACUACAACGUUAAGAUCGCCGACUUUGGACUGAGCAACAUCAUGACAGACGGAAACUUCUUGAAGACGAGUUGCGGCAGUCCCAACUACGCUGCGCCUGAGGUCAUAUCCGGAAAGCUGUACGCAGGCCCGGAAGUUGAUGUCUGGAGUUGCGGCGUCAUUCUAUACGUCCUUCUCGUUGGACGUCUCCCCUUUGACGACGAGUACAUUCCCACGCUGUUUAAGAAGAUUGCUGCGGGUAACUACAGCGUCCCGAACUAUUUGUCACCAGGUGCCGUCUCCCUCAUUAGGAAGAUGUUGAUGGUCAACCCGGUGCACCGCAUCACUAUAAACGAAAUUCGCCAAGAUCCCUGGUUCACCAAAGACCUCCCAGUGUACCUCGAGCCGCCAAUUCAGGAGUUUUUCAAUACGGGUAACGAUCCCAACAAGGCCAUCGAUCCCCAGGGCCUUGCGCCGUCGCAACCUACUCCGGUUGUGCAGAAGCUGCACGAGACCGUUGUCACCAAGCUGGGUAAAACGAUGGGAUAUGCAAAGCAUGAUGUCCAGGAGGCUUUGGCUCGUGAUGAACCCAGCGCGAUCAAGGACGCCUAUCUGAUUGUUCGGGAAAAUCAGAUGAUGAAGUCGAACCCACUGCUGGCGCAAGAGAAGAACCUCCAGCCGUUUUUUGCGCAAUCACCACCGACACACCACGAAAGCUAUCUAGCCACAUCCAUACCGCAGAGAAUGGCCAGUGCCUCGCGUCCGCAAGUAAUCCCACCUCCGGCGGGUCAAGAACGUACGCGUCAGGGGUCGAAUGCGAGCAGCCAAAUUGCGGCCGUACGAAGUCCCGUCAGCACCAUCGCUAUCCUACCUAGCAGUCUCACCGAGUACCACAAGGCGUACAUGAAGGGCCAUCCCAGGCCGCCGCAGCGAUUUCAGGGCGAGGACGGCCCGCCACUCACCUCCGAGCAGACAGAAGAACAACGACAGAUAUCUGCUCGACGCCUGAAACCAAACUUCCGCGCAGUUUCUGAUCCCCACAGGUCGAGACCGGAACCGAUGACUACUCUACCAGCCAAGAAAGCGCGACCUACUAAGUGGCAAUUCGGUAUCCGCUCGAGAAACCAGCCGGCUGAGGCGAUGCUGGCCAUCUUCAAGGCGCUGAAAGCUAUGGGUGCGGAUUGGGAAGUACCAAAGAUCCGGAAAGCUGGUGGGGGGAGCGGAUCCCGGAGUCGCAGCGGGUCAAAAGAAUCACAAGAACAAGUUCGUUCAAAAUCACGGAGUCACUCUCGAGGUUCGUCUAUCUCGAGCCAUUCUUCACAAGGUGACGAUGCGCCAGCGCGCGCCGACUCGCCGCGUCGUGAACCGCUCUCCGUACGCAACGGCGAAGCAAAUGAAGAACCAUCGCGUGGGAGGCAGAAGAGGCACUACAACCACACCAACGACUGGGGCUACCACGUCCCGGAGGACCCAUGGGUGAUCAACGCACGAUUCCGGAAAGACGGCAUGUUCCCCCCAGGCGUCGCACAUCCACUGUCCACACACUCCUCGCGCGUCGACUUGAGCAACGACCCCGUCCAACUACGGAGGCGCAGCUCGACCAACGCCAGCACAGGCAGUCAACCCGAAGGCAUAUCGGUGAGGGAAGGCGAGCCCGUACACACCACCCCCGACGAAGCUGUAUACAUCUACGUGUCCAUACAACUCUACUCGAUCGACCGCGACUUCUUCGUCGUAGACUUCAAGUGCGCGGGCUACGAGCGUCUGGUGUCGAACCUCGUCCGCGAAAUCAAGGCUUCGUCCACGGCUAAUAGUUCCCUUGAACUCCCUCUUCUGCACGAUCAUGAAGAUGGGUGGGAUGAUGAGCAGGGCGUGUGGCGCCGGCUGGGCGAGGGCGAGCCGCUGCCGGAGGAUUUGGCGAGGGAGUUGAGGGAGGGGGGGAAGGGUGUGUUGCGGGAGAGGACCGAGGAGGUGGGUGUGGGAAGGAAGGAGGGGGAUAAGGUUUGUACGAGUCCGUUUCCGUUUCUGGAUGUGGCUAGUACGCUUAUCCUGCAGUUGAGUGGGGAGUAG